CAAACUAAAACCCUAGCUACCUUGUUCUCCUCACCGCUUCUUUCUUCCCUGAACUCAGAACUUAGAACAAAGAACUCUCGUAGACGAAGAAGAAGAUGACGGUAGAAGGAGUGAACCCUAAGGCGUAUCCGUUAGCUGAUUCUCAGUUAUCGAUAACGAUUCUUGAUCUUGUUCAACAAGCUACGAAUUACAAACAGUUAAAGAAAGGAGCUAAUGAAGCUACCAAGACAUUGAACCGUGGGAUCUCUGAGUUCAUUGUUAUGGCUGCUGAUACUGAGCCUCUCGAGAUUCUUCUUCAUCUUCCUCUUCUUGCUGAAGAUAAGGUAUUUGAAUUUCUUCUUAUCGUUUCACUUUCUUAUGAAUCUCAAUUAGUAGUUUCUUUGGCUCUUGCAAGUUUUACUGGAUUCACUUGGGUAUCUUCUUCAUAUGAUAAAAAGAUAAGACUUUAUUGGCUAUUAGACUCCAGUUUUGAGAUUGUGAUUGUUGAUAAUGUGCCGUAUGUGUUUGUGCCAUCGAAACAAGCCCUUGGAAGAGCAUGUGAUGUAACCAGACCCGUGAUCGCUUGUUCCGUUACAUCAAACGAGGCUAGUCAGUUGAAAUCUCAAAUUCAGCACCUUAAGGAUGCCAUUGAGAAGCUCCUCAUCUAGAUUCUUGGUGGAAUGAAUGAAUGAUGGGUCUCUCCAUUUAUGAAGAGGCUUGGACUGAAGUGAGUUUAUGUGCAACUUUUUAGCCUAUGAGAAAAACAAAAAACUUGUGAACGAAUCCUAUCCUUUUUGAAGAUUGUAAUGCUUUUUAUUUGAUAUUGUGUUGGUGCCAAUGCAUUUAUGAACAACAAGAAUCCUUUUAAAGUGAGUUUCUUCAAUUUGGUUAUUUGUUUGGUGACUUUGGUCUUUUGUUGCAUAAUGGGAUAAUUGAUAUGUAAUAUUGGGAGCCAAAUGAAGCACGUAGAACCUA